GAUCCCUAUCCACUUUGCCAAUUUCGCAGCUGAAGUUAAACGUGUGGAAUAUUUUGGCUGCACAAAAAUUAGUUGUUAUUCUUAUUGCGAAUUAACAAAAACAACAUUGUUUCGUUAAUUAUUUUUAUUAAUUGCAAAACGAAGCAAAAAUCGCGAAUUUCUUAAAUAUUUCCACACGGGUGGCAUCAGUUAAUGCGCGUAUUGGUGGUCUAUCGUCGUUUGUCUUGCAGCAGAAAAAACAACAACCCACGUAACAAAAAACACGGGGAGAGCAGCAGCUGUGGUGCUUAGCGAAGUGAAAACACACAAGAAGCAAAAAAUAAAACGAGAAAUCUUCAUUGUCGUACCAUAGAAACGUGAUCAGCAGCAGCAGAAACAAAACAAGAACGAAAUUUAUUUCCUAUUUUUUGUCGCAAAUUUUAAGCAAGGAAUUUAUUUGUGUUUUUGUUUUUCCAUAAAUGUGCUAAAGUAUCCCUAAGUUCGAGAAAAAAUUUCGCACAUAUUGCCAAAAAUAGAAGAACUACAGUGUAUGAAGUGAAGUGACAGAGGAUAAGAAAAAAACAUCCUUGAAAAAAGCAUAGCAAAAAAUCUGUCAUUUAUUUCUUAAUUUGUAACUCGUGGUCUUUUCGGUUCUUGCUUCGGUGUUCUACGUAGUCUGCCAGCGAAAAGAAAAACAUUCUAAAAACAAACUUAUUUAAAUAAGUAAUAGCAGCAGAAGUAUCAGCAGUUUCAUGGAAGACGUCAUUGUUGUCAGCAGCGAUUCAUCAUCUAACAGCUCCUCCGACAUGGAAAUCGAACCAACUGAAAUUGAAAAUACCAGCUGUGAAAGCAUUGUGCCCAAGGACAAUGCAACCAUUGCUGAAGAAAAGAAAAAACUUGGCAACGACGAUUACAAGGCACAAAACUAUCAGUCAGCUUUGAAAUUCUAUUCAGAUGCCAUCUCAUUAUGUCCCGAUUGUCCGACAUACUAUGCCAAUCGUUCGGCAUGUUACAUGAUGCUCUCCAACUAUACGAAUGCAUUGAACGAUGCCCGGACAGCGGCCCGUCUAGAUCCGGCAUUCGAGAAGGCCUAUGUGCGCAUUGCGAAAUGUUGUGUGGCAAAGGGUGAUAUUAUUGGUGCGGAACAGGCUAUCAAGAAAAUUGAAGAGCUGGACCCGCAGAGUAAUUCGGUCAAUGCAGAGAAGUCGGCCACACAGCAGUUGCGACAGCUGGAACACACCGUACAGUCGAAUUAUGACGCCAAAGCAUAUCGCAAUGUAGUUUUCUAUUUGGAUUCGGCCAUUAAGUUGGCUCCAGCCUGUUACAGAUACCGCCUCCUCAAGGGUGAAUGUUUGGCCCUGCUGGGCCGCUGCGAUGAAGCCGUCGAUAUUGCCAUCAGUGUUAUGAAACUGGACAGUACCUCGGCCGAUGCCAUUUAUGUUCGCGGUCUUUGCUUCUACUACACGGAUAAUCUGGAAAAGGGUAUCAAACAUUUCGAACUGGCCCUGCAACUGGAUCCCGAUCACAAAAAGGCCAAGGAAAUGCGCACCAAGAGCAAAACCCUCAAGGACAUGAAGGAGAACGGCAAUGUACUCUUCAAGACCGGCCGCUAUCGUGAAGCCCAAUCCGUUUACACCGAAGCCUUAAAAAUCGACGAACUGAACAAGGAUAUCAAUUCGAAACUUUUAUACAACCGUGCUUUAGUCCAUUCCAAAUUGAAUAAUUUACGUGAUGCCGUUGCCGAUUGUACACGGGUCCUCGAAAUUAACGACAAAUAUCUGAAGGCAUUGCUGCUGCGUGCCCGCUGUUACAAUGACCUCGAAAAGUUCGAGGAAUGUGUCAAUGAUUAUGAGGCUGCUGUGCAGAUACAAAAGACACCUGAGAUUAAGAAACUGUUACGUGAUGCAAAAUUUGCAUUGAAGAAGUCGAAACGUAAGGAUUACUACAAGAUAUUGGGUGUGUCACGUAAUGCCGGCGAGGAUGAAAUUAAGAAGGCAUAUCGUAAGAAAGCUUUGGUCCAUCACCCCGAUCGUCAUGCGAACAGUUCGCCCGAAGAACGCAAGGAACAAGAAUUGAAAUUCAAAGAAAUCGGUGAAGCCUAUGCGAUUCUAUCGGAUCCCCGGAAAAAGAUGCGUUACGAUAGUGGUCAGGAUAUGGAAGAACAUGAUCAAGCUGACAUUGAUCCAUCCCAUGUAUUCCGGCACUUCUUCCAGUUCGGUGGUGGCCCAGGCGGUCAAUCAUCAUUCAAUUUUGAAUUUUAAAAGCGGAUGAAAAAACUCAAAAGAAGAAUGUUGCGUUUUUUGUAAACAGAGAAGAGAAGAACAAAAACUGAAAUGCCCAAGACUCAAACACAGCCAAUACUACCACCACCACCACUAUGUGAAACCACAACACACACACACACAUACCUAUCCACAAAUCCAUUGGAAUCAUUUGGAAGACCUGCCAGUCAGUCAGUCAUAUGGUCGACAACAAACAGAAAAUAUCAUUGCGAAACGCAACAAAAAAAAAAAAAAAAAAAACAAAUCGAGAUGAUCAACAGCUAUUCUGCAAAAAAAGGACCUACUUAAAAAACAGAACAGAAUAAUUUGUGCAUGGACAUUAUUCUAAAUAUAAAUACAAAUAAAAUACAAUACAAUAAAACAACACAACACAAAAGAAACAAAUUAAAUUUUAUAGAUUUAAUAAUAUUAAAUAAUUAAUAAAACAAAAAUUAAAUAAAACAAUAAUUAUUAUUUAAUGAAAUUUGCAAUACCACAAUAUAUUCCAACAAUUGCCACAAGAAAUGUUGAAAGAAUGGAAAGGAACACAUUCUAAAACGAACAAAGAGAGAAUUUAGUUAUGUGACAGAUAAUGCGCAACGUUUAUGUUAAGUGUUUUUGUUGUUUUUUUUUUUUUGAGUAAAGUUUAUUGAUAUUGUUUUGUAACAAAAGAAAACAUAUUUCUUAAAAAAAGCUUUAACUCUGAUGUUAACAUUUGUAUGGUCUCAAAUUCCUUGUUGUGUUUUAUGCGAUUUCAAAUACGAAAUUUACAUUUUAUAU